GAAGUCGGGGGAGCAAGAAGGCAGGCGGGCGGGAGGACCGGCGGCGUCAGCUGGGGUCGGGCCCGUGACCCUUGAAGGUUUCUCGGUGGAGCGGGGGCGGGUGUUCCCAGCCCCACCCUGCAGUCCCGAGUUUUCCCUCCCCACUCCUUCUAUCGAGGCGUCUUCCUCCUCCCCCCAGGGCUCUGUGAAUUCCGCCGGCCUCCCUCCCCGGAGCCCCCCGGCCAUGGCUCCUCGGAGCGGGGAGAGCUGGGCCCAGCAGCUGGCGGCCUUCCGGACCAGCCCCGCGGCCUUCCUGGCGGGCCCCGCGGGGGAGAGCCUCGCCGCCAACCUGCUGCGGGACCUGCGGAGCGAGCGGCUGAGCGAGCAGACCAAGGCCUCGCUGCUGGCCCUGACGCUCGAGUACCCGACCCAGCUGUGGCCCGACCGGCCGGCGGCCGAACGAGCGGCCGCGGCGCUGCUGGACUUGCUGCCCCUCCUGCCCGGCCGGGCCUCGGCCCUGCGGCGGCCCCUGCUGAUGGCCGUCACCACCGUCCUGGUGUCCGGGGACGCCCUGGGCCCGGACUCGGGGGCGUCGGGCCGCCUGCUGGCCCUGCUGCUGCGGCUGGCCGAGGGCGGCCCCGAGCGGCGCGCCUUGCGGGCGACGGCCUGCGAGUGUCUGCGGGAGCUGGAGAGCUGCCGGCCCGGGCUGCUGGCCGGGCGGCUGGGGCUGCUGCGGGCCCUGCAGGGCCGCGAGUCCGCCGGCCUGCUGCAGGCGUUCAGCCUGCUCUACGGCCUGGCCCUGCGCAACGCGCUGCGGGCGGGGGGCGUUGGGGCGGAGGGCCCAACCCCGGGGGGCGCCGCCGAGGAGGCGGGGGCCCGGCCGGGGGGCCGGGACCGGUCGCCGGCGCGGGGCGCGGCCGCCCCCGAGGACGCCAAGGAGCUGCGCGCCGCCCUGGUCCAGCUGCUGGACGCCUCCUACCUGCUGACGGCGCCCGCGCAGGCCGCCCUGCUGGGGCUGCUGUGCCAAACGCUGCGCCGGACGCGCGGGCAGCCCCCGGCCCUCUUCAAGCCCCAGCUGGUGCGGCUGCUGGGCACCGGCCGCGCCUGCCUCCUGCACGCCGUCCUGGGCCUCAAGGCCGCCUUCGGGGAGGCCCUGUUCACCGGCCAGGACGAGGCCCUGCUGCUGCGCAGGCUGGUGGCCGCCGCCCAGCACCCGUCCCUGCCCCCGCCCGCCCGCCUCUUCCACCUGCACUGCCUCCUGCACUUCCCCGAGAACCGGCCGCUGGGCCCCGCGGGGGAGGAGGCCGCCCCGGUGCUCCUCACCCCGCGCCUGGCCGCCGGCCUCUUCCCCAGCCUGCUGCAGGAGCCCCCCGCCCUGCUGGCCCGCCUGGGCCUGCUCUGCCUGCUCUGCCUAGAGGAGGCCGGGGACGAGGGGGGCCUGGGGGCCGGCGGGCGGACGCUGGGCUACCUGACGGGGCUGCUGGCCGGCCUGAGGAGGGCCGCGGCCCAGCCCCGGGCAGCCCGGGCCACCGCCGCCCUCUGCUUCCGGGCCACCUGCCUGGUGGCCCGCCGCUUCUCCGCCCGCCCGCGACUCCUGGGGGAGCUGAGCGGGGGGCUGGCCUCGCUCUACCGUGCCCGGCCCUCCCUGGCCCCCCACUUCGUGGACCUGCUGGACCAGGCCGGGGAGGCCCUGGCGGGCCCGCUGGGGGCGGCGCUGCAGCGGGCGGCCAUGGAGGGGCCCGGCGGGCCCGGCGCCCUGCGCUGGCACCUGCGGAUCCUGGCGCGGGUGGCGGGGAGCCACCCCCCGGGCCCCACCUUGGCCUUCCUGCGCCAGGCCGCGGGGCCGGGGGGCGACUGGGGCCGGGAGCAGGCCCUGCUAAGGGUGGGCCGGGCCCUGCUGCGGGCCGGCGGGGCCGCCGGCUCGGGCCUGGCCGACCUGCUGCGGGAGCUGGCCCGCUCCCUGGGGGACCCCGACGGGCGGGACCGGGCCCGCCUCUACUACAGCCUGCUGACCCACCUGGCCGGGCCCAAGGCGGGGGCGGCCCUGGGCCCCUCGCCCCGCGCCCCCACGCUCCGCUCCUCGCUGGCGGCCGAGAGCGCGGGCUUCGCCGCGGCGCUGACGGUGCGGGAAGAGGUGCGGGCCCCCCUGCGGCUGAGCCGCGCCGCGCCGGGGGACCCCGGCCCGGAGGCGUCGCGGCUGCGCCUCCGCGUGGAGGCCCUGGAGCCCGUCUACGCCCUGGAGUUGCGCUUCCGGGUCCUGGAGCCGCACCUCGAACCCCUGGCCCCCGUGCACCUCCCGCACCUGCGCCCGGGAGCCCCCUCCCCGCCGCUGCUCCUCGCCCUGCGGCCCCGCCGGCCCUACCCCGCCCGCCUGGAGGUCAGCGCCCUGUACGCCACUCCCGCCGGCCUCACCUGCCACGCUCCCCUCCCCCCGGUGCACGUGGCCUUCGCCGACCUCUUCCUGCCCUUUGCCCCGCCCGCGCCGCCGGAGGCUCGCGCCGCCCUCUUCGAGCGGCUCUGGGCCUCGUGCCUGCCCGAGGGGGCGGAGAGCCGCGUGUGGUGGCCCGUGGGGCCUGCGGAGCUGGAGGGCUUCGUGGCCGAGCACCUGGGGCCCUUCGUGGUGGCGGCCACGCCCCCCAGCUGCUUCCUCGUGGCCGUCCGCCUACCUCCCGCCUCCCGGCUGCUCCUACGGGUGGAGGGGGCCGGGAGGACCGGGGCGCGGGUGGCUCUGAGGACGGACGACUGGGGCCUCCUCCCCCACGCCGGCGAGUACCUGCGGGGCCUGGCGGCGGCCGCCUAAACGCCGGGGCCGGCGUCCGGGCCUCGUCUCCGGGCCGGCCGGGGCCGGGUGUCACCGCGGAGGGGAGGGCAGGGCCGGGCCUCCGGACA